GUUUAACAAUGGCGAACAUCACAUUGGAAUCUUGUUUGUUGUUGGAGAGACAUGUGUGAAAAACAACAUGGUUAAGCAUACAAUUCAGAUAUUUGCUCGAGUGAAACCUACUCGCUCGAAAGCAGGGUUGUAUGAUUUGGAUGAUGAUGAUGAUGGACAGCCAAGACUGACAUUCACUGUUCCUCGUGAUUUGGCAAAAGGCUUUAUCAACAACAAGAAAGAGAAUUACAAAUUCAGAUUUAAGCAGGUUUUUGACCAAACUUCAAAACAAGAUGAUAUAUUUGUAGCAGUUUCCAAACCAGUGGUCGACAAUGUAUUAUCAGGCUACAAUGGAACCAUAUUUGCUUAUGGACAGACAGGAAGCGGUAAGACGUUUACCAUCACAGGCGGGGCCGAGAGGUAUGCAGACAGGGGCAUCAUACCCAGAUCAAUAUCCUACCUGUAUGAACAGUUUGAAAAGGACACGGAAAGAACUUACGAUCUACACAUUUCUUACCUGGAAAUCUACAAUGAAAAUGGGUUUGAUCUUCUUGAUCCAAAGCAUGAGGCUUCAAAACUGGAAGAUUUGCCGAAAGUUGGCCUGAUGGAGGAUUCUGACCAGAACAUCCACCUCAAAAAUCUGUCUGUACACCAGGCCAGUUCUGAAGAGGAAGCCCUCAACCUGCUCUUCCUUGGAGACACCAACAGGAUGAUAGCUGAGACACCCAUGAAUCAAGCAUCAACACGGUCACAUUGUAUCUUCACCAUCCAUGUGACAUCCAGAGAAACAGGCUCGGCCACCAUCCGCAGAGCUAAACUCCAUCUGGUGGAUCUAGCUGGGUCUGAGAGAGUGGGUAAGAGUGGAGUUGCUGGUACACUUCUGACAGAGGCCAAGUACAUCAACCUGUCACUGCACUUCCUCGAACAGGUGAUUACAGCCCUGUCUGAUAAGAACCGACAGCAUAUUCCUUACAGGAACUCAAUGAUGACAUCCGUCCUUCGAGACAGUCUAGGGGGGAACUGUAUGACCACCAUGAUUGCCACAUGCUCCAUCGAGAAACGUAACCUAGAUGAAUCCAUAUCUACUUGUCGUUUUGCUCAAAGAGUUGCCAUGAUCAAGAAUGAUGUUAUGGUCAAUGAAGAGCUUGAUCCAAAGUUAAUGAUUCAGAAACUUAAAAGGGAGAUUCAGCAGCUGAAGGAGGAACUUGCCAUGGCAACGGGAGAGCAGCGGACUGACGACUUAACAGAUGAGGAUCUAGAGAGGUGUCAGAAGGCGGUGGAGCAGUAUCUUGAGGACACUGAUCCUGAUGUGAUCCUCAGUAUCGGGGCAGACAUGAGAAAAAUCCAGACAUGCUUUCGUAUUCUAAAGAAACAUGUGUUAGAAAAGCCAUCUGUGACCGAAGUGAUUCGGUCUCCACCUCCAGAGGCCCCGCCCCCUGAUACAGGACCUUACAGUGAUGCAGAGAACAGUAAGCUGAAGGAACUCGUACAGCAGAGAGACAACGAAAUCAACAUUCUUGUGAAUAUGUUGAAGAAGGAGAAAAAGCGUGCAUCUAAUGCAGAAUCAGAACUGACCAACAUGGGGAAGUUUGCUGUUAGAACAUCAUCAGUGGCAGGAGAAGCACCCAGCUACAACAAUGUGGCAAUGAGUCGCGAGUCUACAGGCUCUCGCAACAGCAGGCCAAAUAGUUCUCGUCGCAGGGAGGAACAGGCCAAAAAUAAGAUAUUGGGAGAUAUGUCUCAAGGAAGACAGGAAGCGUUUGAGAUUUUCCGGCGGGAUUACCCACAGAAAGAGACAAUAGAGCAGAAUAAGGUUCAUCUCAAACAACGUUAUGCAGAGGCUAAAAGUUUAGGAGAAAAAGUCAACAAAACUCGCAAAAAAAUAAAUCAUUUGAAAGGACAGAUAGAACAACAUCGAAUGCAGUUGGCAAUGCAAGGCUUGGUAGACCCUAACAAUCCAGAACCAGACGAGGAGGAACAGGAGCUGAGGGCAGAUAUGGAGGAGGAAAAGGAUAGCUAUAAGCAUUCAUUUAACCGUCUGAAGACACUUAAAACUGAGAUAGAGCACCUACAACACUUACUAGAGAAAUCCAAGGUGAAACUUAUGAAGGACUUUGAAAUGUGGUGGGCGGAGCAAGCUCUCAUAUCACAGAAUACCCAGUCUGUGGGUGGCAGUAUGAAGUCAGCGUGGAGGACUCCGACCCCCAAACAAUCCAGGAAGGCCCUACCCCCAGAUCAUGUAUCCCCGGGUAAUUCUACGCUAUCUCAGUCCUCCUCAGCCUCUAGUUUAUACCAGCCUGCCUCCCACUCGCUACCCCUACAGUCAUACCAGCCAGCCUCACACUCACAACCUCCACAGGUCGGUCACCAUAGACAGAAGGUGGCUGUACAGCUCUCCAGCUUCUACUCACAGCCACCAUCUCAACCUCAGCCUCCAGUGGAAAAGAAUGGCUAUAGGCUACCCAGAUCAGCUGGGAAUGACCAGAAGGCAGGUAUACCUCUAACUGGGGAUUCCAAGGCUGAUGCAGAUAUCAUGGCAUUUGUUAAAGCUCGCCAGAACAUACUCAAACAAGCCAAUGGGAACAGAUGACAGUAGCCUGUGCUGUGUGUGGCUCCUAGUUAUUGUAACCAUUCCAUCCAGACACUUCUGUCUCAUAUUAUCUAUAGGCUGUUUCAGUAUUCCCCAGUCCAAACAGCUGUAGUUGAUUUCCCUGAGGCUGUUCAGUGAUUCCAAAGUCUAUAUACAUCAACAAUGUUGACAUCCAUAAAAUAAUCAUUUCGGAAUGGUUUCCAGUCCCAUAUAAAAUCAUUCUGGCUAGAACCUGUAAACUUUGGUAAAGUAUAGUGAGAUCUACUGAAAUGUAUACCAACUUCUCGCCUGGAACGCUGAAUGAUGCAUCAUGGACUACGCCUUACAGCUUGUGCUAUCAUGGAGACUAUCAUUGUAGUGCUCAAACAUGCAGUUAAAUGUGACAUUUGUUUUCCAGAUUUGCUUCAGCUUUACUAUGUAAAUAUUGUACUGCCAUUCUUACCAUUUUACCUGGUAUUGAGAAAAAAUGGUGUUUUAGCAUUCCAAAAUUUCUAUUAACUGAAAAGUUAUUUGAAGAAUUUACAAAAGUUGGUAGGUACCAUCACCAUCUAUUUUUAAAUUAUUUAUUGCAUUUGAUUUAUUCCGUCCAUAGACAUAAAACUGAUACUAACAAACAUUCCAGAUUGAUACAAACUGUACCAACAAUAUGUCCACAUUUACAGACGUUAUUUACACUUUUUGAUGUCUAACAUUGUAAAUUAUAUGUAUAGUCCUUACUACUCAGUAAUGUGCCUUUGUACAGUAAUACUACCCAGCUUCAGUAUCUGUAUUUAUGUCUCCAUCUCUAUCUUUGUUCUGUGAACAGACAUCUCUGUAUGAUAUACAGUUGGGAUUUAUAUAUUUCUAUAUAUCUACCGUACGGCACAGGGACAUGUGAACAGACAUCUCUGUAUGAUAUACAGUUGGGAUUUAUAUAUUUCUAUAUAUCUACGGCACAGGGACUUGUGAACAGACAUCUCUGUAUGAUAUACAGUUGGGAUGUAUAUAUUUCUAUAUAUCUACCGUACGGCACAGGGACAUGUGAACAGACAUCUCUGUAUGAUAUACAGUUGGGAUGUAUAUAUUUCUAUAUAUCUACAGCACAGGGACUUGGCAGGAAUUUAUAACACACAGUCCAUAUAAAUAAUUAUAUAUAUGUAUUAUGUAUUUUUGCCAAAUCCCUGCGAUACCGUACAUGAAAGUGUCAAUACUGCUGACAUAUUUGCUGAUAUUUGUAUUUAUAAUCAUGUAAUUAUCUUUUAUGUAUUAUUAUCUACCUUUUUAAUUUUUAAGUUUUUUUAUUUAUUUUUUUUUAUUUUUUUUUUCAUUCCAUCAUCUGGUUAAGCAUACACAGUUACAUUGUAUUAAGUUCUCUUUGGUCAUUCAACUGUUUCAUUGGAGUAAUUUAGGACACAAGUAUGUCACAAGUAUCUCAUUGCUACAGAUAGAAAUAUUCAUUGGCACUUGCACUGCAGUAACUAAUAUCAAAAUUAUGAAAAUAAUAAAUCUAAUUUAGUAAUUUGGUUGAAAUUAUAAUUCAGUAUGAUAAAUAUAAAGAGAACAUCAAACAUGAUACCAUUACAUAGGGAAGCAGAUACUAAUAGUUCCAGAAUAAAAAGGACAACACUCUGGUUUACUUUUAGAUUUGCGAUGUCCUUGUGUCAAUAUAUACCAGUACAUGUAUAUAUGUUUGGGUCGCUAGUAGAGCUGCUAAAAUGUCUUUAGUCAUACUGGUUGGAUAUUAGGGUUUUCACUCAGCCAAGUAUACCAAUAGGAUGUCAAGGACUUAACUUAGUGAAGAGACAAGUACGAUUGUAUACGGAUACUAAGUCGAGGACUUCACUUAGCGAAGAGACGAGUACGAUUGUAUACGGAUACUAAGUCAAAGACUUCACUAAAGACAAGUAUGAUUGUAUACAAAUACUAAGUCAAGGACUUCACUUAGCGAAGAGACAAGUACGAUUGUAUAUGGAUACUAAGUCUAGGACUUCACUUAGUGAAGAGACAAGUACGAUUGUAUACGGAUACUAAGUCCAGAACUUCACUAAGUGAAGAGACGAGUACGAUUGUAUACGGAUACUAACUCUAGGACUUCACUUAGUGAAGAGACGAGUACCAUUGUAUACUGAUACUAAGUCUAGGACUUCACUUAGUGAAGAGACGAGUAUGAUUGUAUACGGAUACUAAGUCUAGGACUUCACUUAGUGAAGAGACGAGUACCAUUGUAUACGGAUACUAAGUCAAGGACUUCACUUAGUGAAGAGACGAGUACGAUUGUAUACUGAUACUAAGUCUAGGACUUCACUUAGUGAAGAGACGAGUACGAUUGUAUACGGAUACUAAGUCAAGGACUUCACUUAGUGAAGAGACAAGUACGAUUGUAUACAGAUACUAAGUGAAGAGACGAGUACGAUUGUAUACGGAUACUAAGUCUAGGACUUCACUUAGUGAAGAGACAAGUAGGAUUGUAUACAGAUACUAAGUGAAGAGACGAGUACGAUUGUAUACAGAUACUAAAUCAAGGACUUCACUUAGCGAAGAGACAAGUAGGAUUGUAUACAGAUACUAAAUCAAGGACUUCACUAAGCGAAGUGACAAGUAGGAUUGUAUACAGAUACUAAAUCAAGGACUUCACUUAGCGAAGAGACAAGUAGGAUUGUAUACAGAUACUAAAUCAAGGACUUCACUAAGCGAAGUGACAAGUAGGAUUGUAUACAGAUACUAAAUCAAGGACAGCCUUAAAUUUUAGCCACCAACAAAUAAUGGUUGGCUGUCAUCUCCUUUCGUCCAUGAUCAGCCUUCGUCCGUAAACUAUUAAUGUUACCACCAUUUCUCAGUAAACUCUGCAUGGAUCUUUUUCAAAUUUUACCUGUAUGUUCCGCUUUGUCUGUAAUUGUGCAUGUUUCAUUUUGAGACUGCUUGGAAAACAAGAUGGCUGACAGGUGGCCACUUUGAAUUUUGAUAGUUGAAGUUAUUGCUAUUUCUUAGAAAUUUCUUCAUGGAUAUUUCUUGAAUUUCUUUCAAGAUUCCCUUGUAUUAGUUGAACCCUAUUUGAGAGAUUUCUUGAUGGAUCUUUCUCGGAUUAAAUAUGUUGGUUCCGCUUGUUUUCAAAUGAUUAAGUGGAAGAGAAAAGUAGAGAAAAGAUCAGUCUAACAGAGAUCCAAUAAAGGUCAUAAGUAAAUUUAUAUUUAUAUCAAAUUAAGGAUUUCACUAAUAUAAAGUUAAAUCUUCACACAGAUAACAAUACUGACUGAUAGGAAGUUAAAUACUUCUGUAAUCUCGUAUAUAGAUAAGUACAUUUAUAUUGAUAUCAAGUUAAAUCUUCACACAGACAAGUACAUACGUAAACCAAUAGGAAUUUAACAAGUAUACUGUAUACCCUGGUGUUCAACUACACAAAUCUGAGGUACAAAUAGUAAUAGCCAGAAAUGAUAUUGGUACAGUAUACGCAACCAACAUAGCAGAAAUGUUGUUUAUGAUGUGGAAGAUUGAGAACUGAGUCUGGGAAUGAAGAAUGCAUGAUUUGUAGUAUCUUAUUUGUAGAUUUUAUUUAAUGGUAUGCAAGUGGUGUAUACAUGUAUUGCUUUAAAACUGGCUAUUGAAGAAAAUGAAAUUCAGAGUAUCAGGUAAACAGGUUGUUACUAUUUAAUAUAACUAUUGAAUAAACAGGUUUUAAUAGAGC